AUCCCAAGUCUACCCUCGAAUCCCCCUUUCUCCAAAUAACCGGUAAAACCAUCCCCAAUCAGGCAAUCAGUAUAACCACGCUUCCCUUUUUCCCUCCGCGCGACAUCAACGACCCGACGACCCGAGCUCUCGUAGCUGCCAAUUCUAAUAAAUCUUCGGGUUUUGGAUAAAUCGGUCAUUUGGGAGUAUUGUGAGGGAGAGAAAGGCCAAAGAACAUGUACGUCCGAGCAGUGCCUCCGACGGAUCUGAACCGGAAUACGGAGUGGUUCACGUAUCCGGGCGUGUGGACGACCUACAUCCUCAUCCUCUUCUUCUCGUGGAUCAUCGUACUCUCCGUCCUCAACUGCUCCUCCGGCAUGGCCUGGACAAUCGUCCACCUCCUCCACUUCUUGGUUACGUAUCAUUUCUUUCAUUGGAAGAAGGGAACACCAUUUGCUGAAGACCAAGGUAUCUACAAUAGGUUGACCUGGUGGGAGCAGAUAGACAAUGGAAAGCAGCUCACUCGCAACAGAAAGUUUUUGACUGUUGUACCUGUUGUCCUGUAUUUGAUAGCCUCACACACAACAGACUAUCAGCAUCCGAUGCUCCUUUUUAACACUUUGGCAGUAUUUGUGCUGGUCGUUGCAAAGUUCCCAAAUAUGCACAAGGUCCGAAUAUUUGGAAUCAAUGCUGAAAUGUGAAAGACACUCAAGUUUGGUUUACUCCUGUUUUUAGGAUGAUCAUUUUGAUAAUUCCAAUUGAUAUCCCUGUACAGAUGUUGAGACUGGAAAGGGUGUAAUAUUUUUCCUUAUUGAAGCAAAAUUUUUACCUUUA